CACACUGAAUAACUGAGUAAAAAAAGAAAACAGUGUGUGUUUGAGGAAACUGCACUUCCUCUUUUGAGAGUGAAGGUUCUCUGCUCUGUCACAGACGGGCACACUUUCUUUGCCGGGACGAAACAACCCCGUCGAUUAUCGUCCAUCAAGGAUGCACAUCUUGUGUGCCCUGUUGCUUCUGGACCGCCUGGUCCUUGCCCGGUCUUCGCCCGCCUUGAACAAAAUGUGGGACGAGUGGAAAAUCAAACAUCGGAAGGUUUAUGACAAUCAGACUGAGGUCGUCUUCAGGAGAGCUGUGUGGGAGAAGAACGCGCAGCUGGUGUGGAGACACAACCAGGAGGCCUCGGCAGGAAAACACAGCUUCACAAUGGGGCUCAAUCACCUGGCUGACAUGACAAGUGAGGAAGUCAACGAGAAGCUGAACGGCCUGAAGCUGGAGGAGCCUUUUAACUUCAGCAAUGACACGUUUAAGGGCGUGGAUGGCCUGUCGAUACCUCAGAGUGUGGACUGGAGGAAGGACGGCCUCGUCAGUCCGGUCAUGAACCAGGGGUUAUGUGGGUCCUGCUGGGCCUUCAGCUCUAUGGGAGCUCUCGAGGGUCAGAUGAAGAAGCGAACGGGGGUCCUUGUUCAGCUGAGCCCACAGAACCUGGUGGACUGCAGCACCAGUGAAGGUAACCUCGGCUGCCGGGGAGGAUACAUCUCCAAAUCCUUCAGCUACGUCAUCCGCAACGGAGGCGUCGACUCAGAGAGAUCCUACCCCUACGAACACAAGAACGGGAAAUGUCGGUACUCUGUAAAGGGAAAGGCCGGCUACUGCUCCGAUUUCCACAUCCUCCCACGAGGAGACGAGAAGGCUCUGCAGGCUGUGGUGGGGUCAGUGGGACCGGUCUCUGUGGCCAUAAACGCCAUGCUGCCAUCUUUUCAUCUGUACAGAGGAGGUUUGUACAACGUGCCCAACUGCAACCCAAGGUUCAUAAACCACGCCGUCCUGGUCGUGGGCUAUGGCACGGAGAGAGGGGAAGACUUCUGGCUCGUGAAAAACAGUUGGGGAACUACGUGGGGAGAAGAAGGCUUCGUUCGAAUCGCCAGAAACAAGAAGAACCUCUGCGGGAUAGCCAGCUUUGGCGUCUACCCUACAGUGUAAAAAUGGACCCACCACCCAAAUCAUCUUCGUGCAAUUUUUGGUUGUACAUGUAGGGUAUUUAUUUAAGACCAGAGAAUAGAUGUGUGUUGUUUCCAUGUGUGUGCAGUGAGCGUGGUGAUGAAGAGUCCUGAAAGGCCAAUAUUCUGUCAAAAAAAGUGAAUUUCACAAAACGACCUCUGCUUCCGUAGCUUUUCUCACUAAUGUUUUGAUUUUUUUUUAUAAAUGUCUAAGUUUCACUCACUUUGUGAGUCUCUCAUCUUCUUCUCUCCAACUUAAACAUGAUUGAUUUUUUUGUACCAUUUGAAAUGUUGUUGUAAUCAGUGACCUCUUUUAAAGGUGCUAUUUGUAAGAAAAGUCGAUUUGUGAGUCUCAUUCCCAACUUUUGAGAACGUAGGACGGGUUGGACUCCAUCCCAAAGCGUCAGUUUUUGAUGAACUGGGAAUUGAACUCAAAAACAAACUUUUCUUAGAAAAAGCGCCUUUAAAUCUUUUCUGAACUCAUACUUUUAUUGGAGAGCUUUUCAUGAAUUUACUGGAUAUUUAUUGACGGACCUUGUGGAGUGUUUUUUCCGUUUUUUUGUAUUAUUUGUUUUUAACUCAAUCAGAAAUUGUUUUUAUGAUUUGCUUGUUCUGAAGUUGCAGUCUCGUGUAAAGUGGGUAUAGAAAAACUCUAGAAAUGAAGAUUGCAACCAUUAUUGUUGUUGUUAGCUGCAGGGGCACACGCAUAAUAAAAAUAUUAGUGAUAAAGAAA